AAGUGUUAAGUAUACAAUAUACAUAUUCCAUAUGAUAAAAAUAAAAAAUUUAAUAGUCAAGUAUAAUAUAUUAAUUAGAAUUUAGAAUAAUAACGUGAACGGCAAAUUUGAAAUUUUGUUAACUUAAAUCCCAUCUAGACACUUGAUAAAAAUCUAUUAAUCAAGAUAUGUUUUGUUACGACGACAAAGAUUUAAUAUUUACUACAUCAUGGAAAUCAUUGUCAGUUAAUUCGAAAUUUGAUGAAUCUUUGAAAAUACUGUGGAGAGAAAAAGAAGACAAAGGGCUAUUUAGGUACAAAUAUAAAGAAGAAAAUGUGAUUGUAUUGCCUGGAAAGUAUGGGUUUCUUGCAGUUCUGAACAUCGAUAGAGGUACUAAACGUCGUAAACCAAACAUAUUUACAAGUGUAUUAGAACCUUUUAAUGACAAUUUGUUCAAUUUUACCAAAGUUAAUCCAGGAGAAUAUUUAUUUAAAUUUAAUAAUUCAUCAACUAAUUCUUCUGAUACAGAUGAUAUCUUAGCAAUAAAUACAAGUCCUUUGGGAGAUUUUCAUUCAUUAAUUUUACCAAAAAUCAAUAGUAAACUACCACAAGUUAUUAAUGAAUAUAGUUUAAAUAUUGCAAUUCAAUUGUUACUACUAAGUGCAUCUCCGGCAGUACGUGUUGGAUUUAAUAGUUUAUGUGCUUUUGCUUCAGUGAACCAUCUUCAUUUACAUUUAUAUUACUUACAAUAUAAAAUGUACCUUGAGUAUUGUGACAUAGAACAUUUUAGUGGUCCUUGUCACAAGUUUAUAGAUUUUCCUUCCAAAGGAUUUGUAUUUGUACUCAAAAGUGGUGACUUGCUGUCCAAUUUCGUCAAGUAA